AUGGGGGAUUUAAAGGCGCAGGCGCUAAAUGGAGAAAAGCACCGGCAAUCCGCUUCAACACAUUCGUAUACCACAUCCGGUAGUGGCAUUGAUGAUGGCAUUCGGAACAUAUCCCUCUACGCCGAUGACGAAACAGACGACUCUCAGAGUUGUCACUGUCCCAGUGCACACAAGUUCGAGAUCCAACCCUAUGAGAAUGUGCCCUCCAUACUAACCGGUCUCCAUGGCACCAGCAAACGUGUUCCUGCCUCCUUUACGGGACUUGGAGGACUGCUGACGGAUCCCUUCACGGGCGAGAAGGUGGAUGUUGCGUUGGCGGAUUCUGAACCAACGGAUGACGAAAGCCUACGAACGACAGAGGAGGGUCAUUCUCAGGUCUUGCCAGGUAUAGAAGUGGGCGACACUGAAGGGGAAGAGGCGGUGGUAGAAGAGCUCUCCUCCUCCGCCAGUUGCUCUAGCGCCUUCGUAAAGUUACAGAUCGUCAAUGGCGUAGUAGAGGAAGAUGAUGGUGAGACCAUUGAUGAAGACCAGCCCGAUGAGGACGCGGCAAUGAUUGUCGUAACGCAUGUGGAGGCGGAAAACGAAGAUGAAGUGGAAAGUGAACCGGACUCAUCACCAACUGUACCGCCGCGACAGAGACCGCGUUCCUCUAGUCGUACUCACCGCCAGCAUCCAUCGGAUCUCUCGGGUACCACUUCCGGAGCCUUUGCAUCCCAACAGCGCGGUCGAGCGGCCGAAAGGAUGGUCUCGCGACCUACGAUUACCCCUCGAAACGGUGGUGGUGGCACUUGUCGCACACGCUCUCGUCUACGGCUGACAGAAAGUCAAAUUCUUGAGAAACUAAGCUCCAUUGUCAGCGAUGGACGUCCUUGUGAAAAAUAUGCCACUCUUGAGAGGAUUGGUCAUGGAGCGUCGGGCGUUGUUUACGUCGGUGAGGACAUUGCCACAAAGCAGAAGGUUGCCAUUAAACAGAUGAAUCUAAGGCAACAGCCUAAAAAAGACCUCAUUCUCAAUGAGAUCCUGGUGAUGCGGGCCCAUCGCAAUGCCAACAUAGUGAACUUCCUGGACAGCUUUCUGAUCGGUAGUGAACUGUGGGUAGUGAUGGAGUAUCUUGAUGGAGGUUCACUAACCGACGUCGUUACUACAGCCUGUAUGGAAGAGAAGCAUAUUGCCACUGUCUGUCGGGAGACCCUACAGGCGCUCAACUUCCUGCACUCCAACCACGUCAUCCACCGAGAUAUUAAGUCGGACAACAUUCUUCUGGGUCUGGACGGCUCGGUGAAGCUGACGGACUUUGGAUUCUGUGCCCAACUUAGUCCCGACGAAGCUAAACGCUCAACUAUGGUGGGCACACCCUAUUGGAUGGCGCCUGAGGUAGUUGUUCGCAAGCAAUACGGGCCUAAGGUCGACAUCUGGUCCCUUGGCAUCAUGACCUUGGAAAUGCUCGACGGUGAACCACCUUACCUCAGUGAAAAUCCUCUCAAGGCCCUCUAUUUGAUAGCGAUCAACGGCAAACCGGAAAUAAAGAGCAAAGACCGACUGAGUGACGACCUGGUCGACUUUUUAGACUGUUGUCUAGAGGUCGAUGUCUCCAAACGCAGCACUGCUGAAAGGCUCUUGAAGGCAUGUUUCAACAGUUAUUUUAAACCAAUGCUAUUUCCGGUAAUGGCAGAUCCUGAAAUUCCUCGUGCAGCAAAGUGCGCGACUGUAAAUACGAUUCUGCUACUCAAUACCGUUUCAUUUCAGCACCAAUUCAUAACUGCAACAGCAGAGUCGGUCAGCGUACUCGUCCCUUUGAUCCUCCUCGCCCGAGGCAAUUCUCGGAGUGAAGUCAUUCAAAGUGCAGAUUUAUCCAUACAGAAUUCCACAUAG